UGUGUCGUACUGUUAAAGGUUCAAGCUUAACAUAUGGGUGUGAGUCAAUACGUCGAACAACUAGAAAAUCAGUGACAGGUGGUUUGACGUUUAUUCGCCGCCAUCGUUAUUAACGACAGUGACCUGCCAUAUUGCGCGUGAUAUAAAGAACUGUAAUACAUUUACGUUAUUAACGUUGAUAUUUUGUACUUUUUGUACGGGUGCCUGUUGUUUAUGUAUCACCAACAAUUUCAGGAAACUCCUGCAACUCGACUAUAGGAAUACAUUUCACGCAUAGUUAGCUGCAAAACGGCACAAAAUGUCAACUGGUCCUUACAAUUACUCUUAUAUCUUUAAGUAUAUCAUCAUAGGAGACAUGGGAGUAGGAAAAUCCUGUUUAUUGCAUCAAUUUACAGAGAAGAAAUUUAUGGCAGAUUGCCCACAUACUAUUGGUGUCGAGUUUGGGACAAGAAUCAUUGAAGUGGCAGGGCAGAAAAUAAAAUUACAAAUAUGGGAUACUGCUGGACAAGAACGUUUUCGAGCAGUUACAAGAUCUUAUUAUCGAGGUGCAGCCGGAGCAUUAAUGGUUUACGACAGUACUCGUCGUUCAACUUAUAAUCAUCUCAGCAGCUGGCUUACAGAUACAAGGAAUUUAACGAAUCCAAGCACUGUUAUAUUUUUAAUCGGUAACAAAAGUGACUUGGAAGGUCAGAGGGACGUCACCUAUGAAGAAGCAAAGCAGUUCGCAGAUGAAAAUGGUCUAAUGUUUGUAGAGGCUAGUGCAAAGACAGGACAUAACGUUGAAGAAGCCUUUCUGGAAACAGCAAAGAAAAUAUUCCAAAGCAUACAAGAUGGACGUUUGGACUUGAACGCAGCAGAGUCUGGAGUUCAACACAAUCCUAGUCAACCGGGACGUACCAAUCUUCAAGGUGUAUCUAAUGAACAGCAGGGUGGAAAGGAUUCUUGCUCCUGUUAGGUCUUUAUUUGUUUGUAUAUAGAUACAUGAAAUCAUCGGUACUAUUAUUGCAUAUAUGAUUUAUACUAAGUAUAGCAAGCAAAUAGUCUGCUAUCUUUAUGCCUUAACGUUUGAUAAGUCAUAUCUACUUAACGCAUAUCAAUUCCUUUCUGGUUACAAUUAAUUUACAGGAAAACAUAUA